UGAUCGAUAGGAUAUUGUGAGGGUGGAACUAACCCAAAACAACCAGUAACCUACAUACUAGUUAUGCACCAUAGCCUAUAUGCAUAAAGAGAAGGGGGCCGACAGACCAUCCAUCAUCCACUGAAGAGGAGGAGGAGGAAACAAAAGAAAGAAAAUUAAAUUAAAGAAGAGGGUUGAAAAGAAAGAAAAUAGACAAAAAUAUAGAAUACAGACAGAAAAUAGGGAGAUCAAAUCAGCUAUCGGACAAUAAAAAAAUGGCUUAUUUGUUGGGGAAUGGGCUGCUUGAGUACAUUUACCUGCUCUUCUUGCUUUUGGCCGCCGGGUCUCAUGUGCAACUUGUCCAUGGAGGUUUGAGGGCAGAGGGACUGGUUGAAGGCACCACAGAAGUGAUCAGUCACUCACAGGGGCUUGUAGCACGGCUGGAGGGCCUUCUGGUGCUGGGGAAUAACAGUGACAUUUCCUUACGUGUGGAAACAGUGGAUGCAGAUGAGGUCAAGGUUAUCCAAGCCCACACGCUGGUGCUAUCACUGCAGAGCCGAGUGUUUGAGGAGAUGCUGAGAAACCGCAACAGAAGCACGCUAGUGCUGCGAGAAACAGCGGAAUGCACUGCCGUGUUUGAGAAAUUCAUCAGAUAUCUGUAUUGUGGUGAACUCACACUGCAGUUAGACCAGGCCACUCCACUGCACAGACUGGCUGCCAAGUACGGCAUCUCCAGCCUCCAGCAAGGACUAACCCAGUACAUGAGCCAGAACCUGGCCACUGAUUCUUUGGGCGGUCACGUGGUGGGCUGGUACCAGUAUGCCGUGUCGGUUGGUGACACGGCGCUGAGAGACAACUGCCUUCAGUUUUUAUCGUGGAAUCUGUCAUCGGUGCUUCAGAGUGAAGAAUGGCCGUCAGUUAGUGUUGACUUGCUAAUGACCCUCCUGCAGCGCUCCGAUUUAGUAUUGAAGAACGAGCUGGAAUUGUUUGAGGCGCUUGAAAUCUGGUUCACCCAGAAUGACCCGGAUACCUUGACAGCAGAGAACGCCCUUCGACUGGUGCGCUACGCCAUGAUCCCUCCAUGCGAACUCUUCCGCUUGCAGCAACAGUCGCCGAUCAUGACACGCUACCACGAGUCGGUGCGUGAUCUUCUCUACAUGUCGUACCAGUUCCAUUCAGCUUCACCACUUCACCUGGCCAAGUUUUUCGAUGUAAACUGCAGCCUCUUCGUGCCCCGCAACUAUCUCUCAUCUAUGUGGGGAUCUCAGUGGGUCAUAAGCAACCCGGCAAGGGAUGACCGAAGCACUAAUUUCCAGACCCAGUUGGGUCCGAGCGGUUCUGAUUCCAGUAAGCGGGUGACAUGGAACGCCCUGUUCUCGCCCCGCUGGCUCCCUCUCAGCAUGCGGCCCAUGUACACCGAGCAAGGUGCCAUGCAGCCACCACGGCCCGAUGGAGGAAUUAGCAUUGCCCGGCCUCGUAUCAUCAUCACACCUGCAACUUCCAGUGCAGAUUUUGCAGGUGUCAGCUUCCAAAAGACGGUACUCAUCUUGACAAAGCAGAAGAACAAGCUUGUGGUGCGGCAUAUCUUCAGUUUCCACCAAAGCACAGAGGAGGUGGGGGACUUCCUGGCUGGCGUGGACCUGCAAUAUCGCACAUCUGAGUACCUGGUGGAUGGAUCGCUGUACUUGCAGAUCAUUGUAAAGCCUAUCUACCAGACUCUCAUAGCAACCAAGAAAUAAUGUAACAAGCACACUGAAGUAGGAAACAUUUUAGAUUAAGAAGAUCUAAAAAAAUUUUGAUGCAUGGAAUAAAAACUUUAGGUCUAAUGUGAUUAACGCUAAUGAAGUGCAUCUCCACUGUCCUUAUAUUGUAGGCUACUGGAAGUUAGAGGUUUACUCUGGGAAAAAAAAGUGAAAUGCGCUAAUCCACAUGUACAAAAUUUUAGGGACAGUUCACCUAAAAUGUAAAGUUCUGUCAUCAUUUACUCACCCUUGUUUAAUUCCAAACCUGUAUGACUUUCUUUCUUCCAUGGAACACAAAAGGAAAUGCUUUGAGGAAUGUUAAUGCUGCUCUCUUUUAGUGAAAGUGGAUGUAGAACGAGAUGUGUCAAGCUCUAAAAAGCACAAAAACACUAUACAUACAUCUUAACAGUAUAAAUAUUAGUCAUGCACUACAUUCCAAGUUUUCUAAAGACUAUUUUUGUGUGAAGAACAGACUAAAAUUGAAAAAUUUACCUUGAUUGUUAGCUGUGGUCACCAUUUACUGGCAUUGUAUGGAGAAGAACAGUUUUGAAAAUCUGCUACAAAUAUCUCAUUUUGCGUUCCAUGAAGGAAAGGAAAUAAAAGUUUUGUAAAUUAGGACACAAUUGUAAUUUUUGAGCAAUUAUUGCUUUAAUAUAGGCCAUGACAUACACUAGUGUUGCAGAUAUAACUCAUAUCAAAGGUAUUUUUUACUUGAUUAGGCAGAAGCCCUUUCCUUUUUAGGAAAACCAAUUUCUGUAUAAUUACCACAACAUCAUUUGUUCACACUGGACUCAAUGGACAAAGAAAGUGAAAGUGCACAUGACUCAGAGUAUUGAAUCUAGCAUAAAUAAUAGCCUAAUGUAUAUCGCAAACAAGAAACACAAUUACACAUUAUUCUUAACGUUUAAAGGUUUAAUAUGCUAUUUAAAGUGUUUCAAGGUGCUAUUGUUAAUUUAAAGAGAAAUAUCAAAUCUCUUUCAAACCUGUAAUGUCUUGAAAUGUUGCACAGUUGUGAUAGUUAUUUAAUUAUUUAGAACAGCAAGUGAUGUUAUAGGCUAUAUAUAAUUAUUCUUAGUUAUUUUUCUGUAUUAUCCUAUCUUUGUGCCCAUAUUUUCUGAGAGAUCAGUUUCCUUGCAUGUUAUAAAGUAUGUUUAGUAUUCACUCCCCUGUGCAAAACACACAAUAAAAUGCAUGAUGCUUUCACAAAA